UGACGUCAUCAGCGUCUGCCGUAAAGCGAAAAAAACGUGCGUUGUGUCGCUCGGCGGGGCGACAGUGAAGUCCUGGUAGAGUAGCGAUUCUUUAUUAAAAUCUGAGGCAGAGUAAAGCGUUGGAAACAAGAUGGAUGACGAAGAGGAAACAUACAGAUUAUGGAAGAUUCGAAAAACCAUUAUGCAGCUUUGCCAUGAUAGAGGCUACUUGGUAACACAGGAUGAGUUGGACCAGACUCUGGAUGAGUUCAAGAGCCAAUUUGGAGACAAGCCCAGCGAGGGUCGCCCCAGACGCACAGAUCUCACUGUGCUGGUGGCGCACAACGAUGACCCCACUGACCAGAUGUUUGUGUUUUUCCCUGAGGAACCCAAGGUCGGAAUCAAGACCAUUAAAAUGUACUGUCAGAGGAUGCAGGAAGAAAACAUCACAAGAGCCAUUAUUGUUGUUCAGAUGGGCAUGACACCCUCAGCCAAGCAGUCUCUGGUUGACAUGGCGCCAAAAUACAUAUUAGAGCAAUUUCUACAACAGGAGCUUCUCAUUAACAUCACAGAGCAUGAGCUUGUUCCGGAGCACAUAGUUAUGACAAAAGAAGAACUGACUGAACUUCUGGCAAGAUAUAAACUAAAAGAAAGUCAGUUGCCAAGGAUCCAGGCUGGGGAUCCUGUGGCUCGCUACUUUGGUUUGAAAAGAGGACAGGUUGUAAAGAUCAUCAGACCUAGUGAAACAGCUGGGAGGUACAUCACAUACAGACUGGUCCAGUAACACACAGGUGUUCAACACUUGAAAGACCAAUGUUACAGGUUUCAUCGAUUCAGCUAAAGAUAUUUCUUCCACUUCUGACUUUUUUUUUUUAUUCGAAUUUGUUGUAAUUACGUUUUAUAAAAUGUUUGAAAAUAAUCAUUGUCUCAAGUUGUUUCAUUUAACGUGUACAGACAAUUAAUAAAAUUGAACCUCUAGCAGGA